AUGGAACAGUGGCUUGUAUCAGUUCAGUGCCAACCAAGUCAAAAGGAUAGUAUCACUCAAGUAAUCGAGCAAGAAGUCAUGCAGACGAGCUCGCGGCCACUUGGAAGAGUUCACUUGUUCAAUUGUCCAAUUCAUUUCAAAGUGGGAUCUCUUGACCAACUUGUAGCUUUAGCAGAUGAUUUGAAUAAGCUGGAUCAUCACCUUGAAGGCGUUGUGAAGAAAGUGGAGCGCCAGUUUGUGGAAAUAGAGCCAAAUCCUCAUCUUACAAUUGACAACCCAUUUGUAGGAAACCAGCAGUCUUUUGCACCAAUAGAUUAUGUUGCCAAUUUUCAAUGGAAUAAUUCCAAGUACCCUCCGACCAAGACUUUGCAAGAACUCUCAGCCCUCCCCUUUAAAUUGGAACAAAAUAUUGUACUUUAACUCCCUUAAAAUUGGCAAAUUUUUUUAAUAGGAAAUUUUAUAGGUAAAAAUACUAAUUUUUAUAUAAUAGAUUUGGCCUAAUUUAAUGGAAAAAAUGAAAUUAGAAUAUUAUUUAUAAAUUUUUGAAUUAAUUCUUCAUAAAAUAAAUUAAUUUCAAAUAUAUAGGUCCAAUUUUAUAUUAAAAAAUUUAAUACAAUUGUUUUUCGUCCUUAAAUAUCAGCAGGAAUUUUUGUUCCGAUUUAUAGGAGGGAGUCAGGACUUAUAGAAGAAAGGAUGAGGGCAUUGGAUGACGAUGUGAAGAAUAAGACAGUGAGAUACCAAGAAGCUAAAAACUCAUUGGGAGCAAUCACUAAAAAGGAGUCUGGAAACCUCUACUCCAAAGAUCUUGCAGAAAUCAUUACAUCUGCUAUAGCUUCGCCUGAAGAUUUCAUCAACUCAGAACACUUGAAGACUUAUUUAAUUGUGCUGCCUAAGAAAGAUGUUAAAAAGUGGUUGGAAGGCUAUGAAUUUUUGGACUCUGGAGUGGUGCCAAGAAGCACAAAGCAGUUUGACGUUGAGGAUAAAGACUUGACCCUGUGGAGAGUUGUAGUUCUUAAGCCAUCGGCCGAUUCCUUUGUGCCUGCAGAAAUAAAAUGGUGACGUUGACGGAAAUUGUUCUCUGAAGCGCAUUCCAUAUGAAGCAGGUAGGAACCAUCCUGAUGAAGCAAGGCCUCUGUCCCUUUUUGAAGUAGGGCUUCAGGUUUGAGGAUGCCUUGCCGAGAAGGGAAGUUUUGUUUCUCCCCGAAGGUUUUCCUGUCUCUGUCAGAUAAGCUCGACAGGCUUUACCUGCGGUGUGUCUGUCCUUGUCGUCACUCUGCAAAAGGUGGCUCUGCCCUAGGGAGAUGAGCUCUUGGAGAGGUGGUUUAGAUCGAAAAUUCAAAAUUGCGACCUUCCAUUUCUCUCUUUUGUCUCGUGGAUUGAUUGAAGCUGAUAUUUUGGAGUCAAGACAAGGUGAAGGCUAAUCCUUGUCUGCUUAUUUCCAGCUUAACCUUUAAACUUUAACUUUGUGUCUGCAGUAAAACAAAACAAAUGGGCCGCAAGAGAAUUUAGCUUUGAUCCUGCUUAUACAGAGAACCAAGCAGCUUCUAAAGAAAAAGUGAAUAAGCAGUUCCAAACCCAGCACAAUUUACUAUGGAGAGCUUGCAAGGUCGUCUUCAGCGAAUUAUUCAUUGCGUUAAUUCAUCUCAAAGCUAUGAGAAUUUUUGCUGAGUCUGUUUUGAGAUAUUCGCUGCCUCCUCAAUUUGUGUCAUUCUAUAUCAUUCCAGAAAGAGAUAGGGAAAAAAGAGUGCUUGACAGCAUGGUCAAAAAGUUCAUGAGGCCUGGAGAAACUGCAGAUAUGUACGGCUCAAGAGAUGAUAGUGAUGAAAACGAAGAUUUCUUCCCAUUUGUCUUUGUCAGGCUCCCAUCGUUUUAA